AUGCUGUCGUCGGCUGGUCGUCGGGCCUUUGCGGCACUGGCCCGCCCGACUCUGCGCAGUGAUGUGGCCUUCGCCUUCCGCCCCUCCCCCGCCGCCCUGAGGCGUCUCCUCUCCGCCCUGGCCGUCCUCGAACAGCGCGACGGCAAGCUCAAUGCAGGCUCCCUGAGCGCCGUCACCGCUGCCAAGCAGCUGGGCGGCAGCGUCCAUGGUUUCAUCGCCGGCAGCAACAUCAAGGCCGUGGCUGAAGAGGCAGCCAAGAUCGAGGGCGUCGAGAAGAUCAUCGCAGUGGACAACCCGGCGUACGAUAAGGGCCUGCCCGAAAACUACGCGCCGCUGUUGGUUGAGAACAUCAAAAAGGGCGGCUACACUCACGUUGUGGCCGGCACUACUGCCUUCGGCAAGAACGUCAUGCCCCGCGUGGCCGCCCUGCUUGACUCGCAGCAGAUCUCGGAUAUCACAGCCGUCCAGGACGACAAAACCUUUGUGCGGCCUAUCUAUGCCGGCAACGCCAUCGCAACCGUCGAGUCUACCGACGCCGUCAAAGUCAUCACCGUGCGUGGCACCGCCUUUCCCGCUGCCGCCGUGGGCAGCGGCUCAGCUGCCGUUGAGGAGGGCGUCGAUCCCAAGGCCGACAGCCCGACUGAGUGGGUGAGCGAGGACCUGGCCAAGUCUGACCGUCCGGAUCUGGCAACGGCUAGCCGUGUUGUCUCGGGCGGUCGUGGUUUGAAGAGCAAAGAGGACUUCGACCGCAUCAUGCUCCCGCUGGCUGAUGCCCUGGGCGCUGCUGUUGGUGCUUCCCGUGCUGCUGUGGACAGCGGCUACGCAGACAACAGCCUGCAGGUCGGGCAGACGGGUAAGGUGGUGGCACCACAGCUCUACGUGGCCGUCGGCAUCUCAGGUGCUAUCCAACACUUGGCGGGUAUGAAGGACAGCAAGGUUAUUGCGGCUAUCAAUAAGGACGCCGAGGCUCCCAUUUUCCAGGUCGCUGAUGUUGGCUUGGUGGGUGACCUCUUUGAGAAGGUACCGGAGUUAACGGAGAAGCUCAAGAAGGCGCAGGCAUAG